GAGAGUUAAGAUCGAAUGGAUUUUAACAUUGAAAUACGUAAGAAACAGCUAGAUAAUUUGGAUCAGCUUAUAUCUUCGUCCAGGAGUAGAAUCCAGUCAGUGCUGAGCUACCUGGACUGGACGCAAGAAAACGUCGAAAAAGGGGACCCUUUGGUACAAUGUCCUGUCAAUCCUCAUCACAGGAUUCAUCCUAAAUCUUGGACCGAACAUAUUGAAAAAUGUGUUGUUCAAAUUGAAGGAUACUCUUCAAACAGUCAAUUUUUAUCGGAGUCUCUUGAUAAUCCUACUCAGUCAAUAUACAUAGAUCGCAAUAAAAAAAUUGAACUCAUCACCAAAGAACUGGCAGAAAAGGGCGCCCUAAGAUUAGCCUGGAAUGGAUUAGAUCCCGACCCAAGGACUUCAGAUAGAUUAAUUUCGACUUUUUCUCCCGAUGAAAGAUUAAUUUUUUACAACUACACGGUUCAGAAUACAGAAGGCCCCCCUUCACCACCUGAAUUCACAACGCUAUAUGACAAAAAACACGAUGAGGAGAAGCCUCUUACUUACGAGGAAAUCUUGGCCCAAGAGCGAGACUCCAAAAGGAGAAGGGCCAAGUAUAAGUCGGUUCAUAUCAAUCGUAAAAACCAUACAGAAGUGAUCAGAGAAGUGAUAAAUGGACAAAUGGGAGAAUACAAAGAGUGGUUACUAGCGAAAGAUCAAACUAAAGAUAAUAAGGAGUGUAAUAAUGGUGUUCAUGACGACAAAAAGGAAGAAAUUGAACGUCCACACUCCUCUACUAGUAGAAAUUCAAGCAGUUCUAGAAGCACCAAUAGGAAGUAUGACAGACAUAGAGAUGAACGCGAUAGAAGUAGGAAGCGUUAUGUCAGGUCCAGAAGUCGAGAAAGGAGUUACAGGAGCGAAGACAGGAAUUGUGAAGAAAGGAGAAAUAGAAGAAAUCGCUCAGGGGAAAGAAGACGCUCACGAGAACGAGAUAGGAGACAUUCAAGGGACAGAAGUAGACGUAGUUUCAGUGACGUAAGGAGACGUUGAAGGUAAUUUUGUAAGUUUUCGUCGAUUUGCGAAAGUGUUCCGUUUGAAUUUUAUAAUAAAUAAAAAAUAUUAAACAGCUAAA